CGGCGGCGGCGGCGGCGGCGCGCGGCAGCGGCGGGGCCGGGGCGGGCGGAGCGGGGGCGGCAUGAGGGCCCGCGGCUCAGGGGGCUGAGGCGCCGGCCGCCUGCCGCGGGGGCCGCGCACGUCCUCCAUGGAGGCCGGAGAGGAACCGCUGCUGCUGGCUGAGCUCAAGCCCGGGCGCCCCCACCAAUUUGACUGGAAAUCGAGCUGUGAAACCUGGAGCGUCGCCUUCUCCCCGGAUGGCUCCUGGUUCGCCUGGUCCCAAGGACACUGCAUUGUAAAGCUGAUCCCCUGGCCCCUGGAGGAGCACUUCAUCCCUAAAGGAUUUGAAGCCAAAAGCCGAAGUAGCAAAAAUGACCCAAAAGGACGAGGCAGCCCAAAGGAGAAGACGCUGGACUGUGGUCAGAUUGUCUGGGGUUUGGCCUUCAGCCCGUGGCCUUCCCCACCCAGUAGGAAGCUCUGGGCGCGCCACCAUCCUCCAGUGCCAGAUGUGUCUUGCCUGAUUCUUGCCACGGGACUCAACGAUGGGCAGAUCAAGAUUUGGGAGGUCCAGACAGGGCUCCUGCUUCUGAAUCUCUCGGGCCACCAGGACGUCGUGAGGGACCUGAGCUUCACCCCCAGCGGCAGUUUGAUCUUGGUCUCAGCAUCGCGGGAUAAGACUCUUCGCAUCUGGGACCUGAAUAAGCACGGUAAACAGAUUCAGGUGCUAUCGGGCCACCUGCAGUGGGUUUACUGCUGCUCCAUCUCCCCAGACUGCAGCAUGCUGUGCUCCGCAGCUGGAGAGAAGUCGGUCUUUCUCUGGAGCAUGCGCUCCUACACCUUGAUCCGGAAGCUAGAAGGUCACCAAAGCAGUGUUGUCUCCUGUGACUUCUCCCCGGACUCGGCCCUGCUUGUCACGGCUUCUUACGAUACCAAUGUGAUCAUGUGGGACCCGUACACCGGGGAGAGGCUGCGGUCACUCCGCCACACCCAGCUCGACCCUGCCGUGGACGACAGUGACGUCCACAUGAGCUCCCUGCGAUCUGUGUGCUUCUCUCCGGAAGGGCUGUACCUCGCCACGGUGGCAGAUGACAGGCUCCUCAGGAUCUGGGCGCUGGAGCUGAAGACUCCGAUCGCGUUUGCUCCCAUGACCAAUGGUCUCUGCUGCACCUUUUUCCCACACGGUGGAGUUAUUGCCACGGGGACAAGAGACGGCCACGUCCAGUUCUGGACAGCUCCUAGAGUCCUCUCCUCACUGAAGCACUUGUGCCGGAAAGCCCUUCGAAGUUUCCUAACAACCUACCAAGUCCUAGCACUGCCAAUCCCUAAGAAAAUGAAAGAGUUCCUCACGUACAGGACUUUCUAAGCAACA